AGGAUAAGGAAACUAUCUUCACAUUCAUGAGCAUAUAUUACAUUAGCUCAAUCAUCUCCUUAUCAUAACUUCUGUAUAUACGCAUACCGUAAAUACCUCCUCUGUAAUUGUAUAUAACAAGAGCUCUGCUCUAUCAAUAGGAUCAUCCAAUUCCAUAAGUUAUCACCCUUAGUGCCAUGCCACAUUAUGGCCUUCUCAAAACAAACCCCUCUCCUUCUCCUCCUCCUCUUCAUCUUCUUCAUAUUUCCUCUUCUAAACGCCUCACACCCAAAUCCUUGCUACACAUCUACUUGUGGAAGAGGGAACAUAGACGUCCGUUUCCCUUUCUGGCUAUCCCCCAAGCAACCUGAGUCCUGUGGCGACACAGGAUUCAAACUCUUAUGUACUGAUCGCAACGAGACAGCCUUAGAGAAUCCUAAAUACAAACCAUUUAUUGUCCAAGAAAUCGAUUAUAGAAGGCAGCGUAUUCGACUCAACGACCCGGAUAGCUGCUUAGCCAGACAGCUCCUCAGCUUCAACGCUUCAGGGUCUCCUUUUUCUCUGUUUCUUCCUCGCAGCUACACGGUUUUGAUCUGUCCUAAAGACGAGAACGUCGCACCAUCUUUCAGAUCCAUCCAGUGCCUUGGUAAUUCCACUUCCUCCUUCUUUGUCACGGAGUUGGAACAGGUCAGUUCGAUGUCGUCUUCUUGUCAUGUCUUUAAGACGUUACAUCUUCCGUAUUCAUUCCAUGGUGACAUCAACCAACAAUACCUGUGGCUCAAAUGGGACUCGCCAGAUUGUGGAUAUUGUGAGAGGAGUGGUUCAAGAUGUGGAUUUAUAAACAAUACCACACGCCAAGUCCAAUGCUUCAGUUCUGUAAACUCAGGACUCCACAAUACAAGCUUACAAGUACUAAAGAUAAUCUGCCUCUCUCUAAUGGGCCCACUCAUCGCCUUGAGCUUCUGCGUCGGUCUUGUCUUCUGCAGAUCCGAGAGAGUCUCUUCCCAGAUACAACACGCCAUGGCCGUAACACCGGAGCCAUCAAGCGACGUCCAAGUCAUCAUGAGGACGGGUCUGGAUGAGUCUACGAUCGAGUCAUACAAGAAAGUUCAGUUAGGUGAGAGUAAGAGACUCCCGACCGGGUCAAAUGAUGUUGUAUGUUCCAUUUGUUUGUCGGAAUAUGCAACUAAAGAGACUGUUAGGUUCUUACCAGAAUGUGAACAUUGUUUCCAUGCCGAAUGUAUCGAUGCGUGGCUCAAGUUGCAUAGUUCGUGUCCGGUUUGUCGGAGCAAUCCCUCUCCCGCACGUGAAGGGUGCAACUAGCUUUGCAUGUAUGAAUUAACUUUGUAACGUUUGUAAAUAUAUAAUUUGGAUUCUCAACAAAAGUUUAAAGGUUGUGUUGAAUUUUAAUGAAUUCUGCAUUCGCUGACCAUAAUAUAUAGCUUAAAAUAGGUAAAAACGAAGCCCAAGCACCAUGUUUAAUUAAGAAAUAUUCAACAAAUGAAGCCCAAAUACAAUACUACGUACACAUCGAUUUUGCAAAACUCAAUAACGGAAAUAUGAAGAUUCGGUAAAGUUUCAAUAUUGGGAAAGUUUAUGAGCGAUUUGAGGAAAUAUAAUAUUGCAU